CGUCCUUGGGUAAAUCUGUAAAAUAACAGUUGUUAUAAGGCCUAUAGACCUAGAUGAAAGAUUUUUUUAAACCUAAUACACAUACAUGUUUUACUACUAUACAUUUUCGCAUUUUCUACAUUAAUAUUAUAUGACACUGUGGUCGGUGUAUUUGUUAGACAUUUAAACAUUUUAAACAAAAACUUCAGAGUGGUCUGAAGACAGACGAAAUAUUUUUAUUGUAAAAGACAAAAACAACAAUAUAAUGAAUGAAAAUAUUGCAUAAAACAAGUGAAAAAGCCUAAGGAAAGUUGUCAAUAUAGAAGAAAGAAAUGUACUGUUUGCAGUGCCUAUUGCCGGUGUUGCUAAUACCGCGACCCGCGAAUGCAGCUUUCUCGCACACGCACUUCCUUUUCGUCCUGCUCUACCUGAUAAACUUUUUCCUGGAACGGAAGCCCUGCCUAAUUUGCAGCGUGAUCUUUCUCACGGCAGUCUUUCUCCUAUGCUACAGCGGCAUCGGCAACUGCUUCCUCUGGCCAAGCAAUUGCGACAGUAGUGACCAAAUGUGUGACAAUGGAUAAGCUCAAGAAAGGACAGCCUCAUCGGAUGAUUGUGUUAUCAACACUGAUAUCUUGUUUUCUUUUUUUGCCUGUUCCCCGUGAUUUGCUGUAGAAUCAAAAUUCAUUGUACGUUCUGGAUAUUGGGAGGCCGCACACAUUGCAAUAAAUCUUACCAUCAUCACUUAUCCCAUUCUGCAUAAUAACUAUCCCAUGAUGAUGCUUUGACUGACUGAUUGGCACCUGAAAAUGCUGGGAAUACCCAAAGAAUAUCAUUUUUUUUCCCAGAAAUUCGGGAUAUUUGGAAUGUUUCCAUAUCCUCUUGCGCAGCAAAUGACAUUGGUAGUAGCAAGAAAAAUGUGCGAAGGAAUAAAUUAAAAAUAAAUGUAUUUCAAGACUA